UAAAAUAAAAUGAUUGAUAUUAAGAUACCGAAAGCUCCAAAUGGGAUGUCCCUUGGGGUUUCGUGUCUUGCGGCAGCCGGCAUGGCUGCUUAUGGUAUCUCGAAGUCCAUGUAUACUGUGGAUGCUGGUCACAGAGCAAUUAUAUUUUCCCGUUUGGGAGGUAUUCAAGAAGAAAUCAGGACUGAAGGCCUUCAUUUCCGUGUUCCAUGGUUCCAUUGGCCAAUUAUUUAUGAUAUUAGGAGCAGACCUAGAAAAUUAUCUUCACCUACAGGAUCUAAAGAUUUACAAAUGGUUAAUAUUUCUCUUCGUGUACUUUCUAGGCCUGAUGCAAGUAAAUUACCUAUAGUGUACCGUAACUUAGGUCUUGAUUAUGAUGAAAAGGUCUUACCAAGUAUUUGUAAUGAAGUAUUAAAAUCAGUGGUUGCAAAGUUUAAUGCAUCUCAGCUUAUUACACAAAGACAGCAAGUAUCAAAUAUGGUAAGAAAAGAAUUAACCGAACGUGCUAGGGAUUUUAACAUUGUUUUGGAUGAUGUAUCAAUAACUGAAUUAAGCUUUGGUAAAGAAUAUACUGCUGCUGUAGAAUCUAAACAGGUUGCCCAGCAGGAGGCACAAAGAGCAGCUUUCUUUGUAGAAAAAGCGAUACAAGAAAAGCAGCAGAAAAUUGUUCAGGCUGAGGGUGAAGCAGAAGCAGCUAAAAUGCUUGGUUUAGCUCUUAGUCAAAAUCCUGGUUAUUUAAAGUUGAGAAAAAUUCGAGCAGCGCAAACUAUUUCUCGCAUGAUCGCAAACUCUCCGAAUCGUCUAUACCUUAGCGGUAACAGUUUGAUGUUGAAUAUUCAAGAUCCAGCAUUUGAUGUUGCAUCAGACAAAUUAAAAAGUCUUGAAAGGACGAGCCCGAAAAACUGGAAUGAUGCUACGCAAAGCGCAAUGAAAUCUUUAGUGUCCGACCAUCAGCCGACAGUGAAAAAUUACGAAAAUCCAUUGAUUAAAUCAUCUGUAUCAAUACCUCCAGAAGAACAAAUAAGUAUUUUAUUGGAUUCAGCAGAUAAUGGAGCAAAAAUUAUAGUAUCAUAAAUUCAAAAUUUCAAUUUUAGGCUUCAAAGAGAUUUUGCGAUGCGAGCUCGUCUUUUCUAACACGUUCCUUAUCCAAUCUAUUAUCCUCAUUUUGUCGAAGCUGCAAAAUAAAACAACCUGUUUUUUAAUCAUAUGAACGAUUAUCUCAAUAAUUAAAAAAAAUUUCAUUUUUGCAAGUUUUAAAAUCUGGGUACAGUUUAUUAUAUAUCUUUACUAUGAACUUUCCACAUAAGUACUAUUCAUGUUUUGUCAUUUUAAUGUAUAUAGAUGUUUCUAUAAAAAUUUUGUUAAACCAAAAGCUACUUUAAG